UAUGGAUAUCAUUAAUAGGAUUCUUUUAAUGAUGACAUUGUCUAACUUAAGCAAAUUGAUAUCAACAGAGCCAUUAGGGGUCUGCUCCAAUACAACUUUAGGAGGUCCUCUUACCUGUUGUGAAAAUUACCGUAAAGUUGACGAUAGAUGUCAAGAAUGCGUGGCAGGAACGUUUGGUACAAAUUGCAACCAGACUUGUCCAGAAAACUUUUAUGGAAGAUUUUGUAAUGAGGUGUGUGAUUGCAAGGAUUGUGACAAGAGUUUUGGUUGCCAAAAAGAUACAUUAGAACAACAAGCUGUACAGAUAUGUAUAAAAAUUAUUAUUUUAUCCACAAUUGGCAAUAUUAUAAUCUGCGUUACAUGUGCAAUCUUCGUUUAUUGUAAAUUUUGGAAACAUAACACAUUAAAUGCACCAGAGCAGUCUCAAAAUAAAGUUUCAGAGUUUAAUGGAGAGAAUACUGUCAAUCAAUGUUUGAGUACUAGCACCAGCAAUAAGCUAGGAGAGGAUAUUCACUGUCCAGAAUCAAGUGCGAUAAACAUUCAGCAAAAUGGAAACACAUUCUGCAACCAAGCAAAGCAACAAACUGCAAAAGAACAAAAUCCUUUAUCUUUGUGCACAGCUGAGGAUGUAUAUGUAUCUUUAUACGAUGAAACAGAGCGAUAUAACGUUUUAUCACUAAAGCACAAAUAUUAG